GAUGACCAAACCACUAGCGGGGAUACUAGGCCCAGCUUGUUCUGAUGCAGCCGAACCAAUAGCAGCAUUAUCCAAACAUUUUAAUGUUGUUGUCGUUAGUUAUGAAGCCGAGGCAGAUUCCUUGUCUAAUCGUUUUAAAUAUCCGUAUUUCUUCCGAACUAUACCACAAGUUAAUCAUCACAGGUAUGUCUACGAGAAGUUUUUUAAAUCUAUGGAAUGGUACCAUGUCGGUGCUCUGGCAGAAGUGGGUCAAGAGUUGCCUGGUUACCAUGUACAACUUCAGCAACAUCUACAUCGUAAAGGAAUAUCUGUCUCAGUUAAACGUAAAAUAGCCCGUGAUACUCACGAAAUCGAUCUCUCGCAGAUAUUUGCUGAUUUACGAUCUCAGAAUGUUCGUAUAAUUAUUGCUGAUUUCUUCGUGGCUGCUGCUAGAGCCAUAAUGUGUGAAGCUUUUAAACAGAAAAUGACAGCACACGAAGGUUUUAUAUGGUUUUUACCGUCCUGGUAUACCACGGACUGGUGGGACGUAGAUUUCUACAACAGUCCCCCAAAUCCUGGUGACUUCCGACCACAAGAAUCAGUCCCUUGUACUACAGCCGAACUUCUUUACGCCAUAGACGGACAUUUUAUCUUGACGAAGGCGUUCACAGAUUUAGAUUCGACUCUGGUUGCAGGCGGUAUCACGGUGAAGCAGUAUAAAGAUCAAUACGCUGUCCGAGUGGGAUCAGCGGAUGUUGAAGAAAGUGAGUUUGCUAGUUUUGUAUACGAUGGUGUUUGGGUGUUUGCUCAUGCUCUCGAUAAACUUCUUCACCGCCAUCCUGGUGUCGAGACUCGGCUUCACGAAGGGAAAAUAACUAAAGCAUACAUGGAUGCUUUAAAUGAGACAAGUUUUCAGGGCGUGUCAGGUUACAUACGAUUUGACGGUAGCGAUAGGAUGGGCAACGUUGAUGUCAUACAAUUCUUCCAUAAUGAAACCAUUCUCAUUGGUCAAUAUCAACCAAUGGCAAAUGAUGCGGAAGGAAGUCUACGUAUAUUCCACAAGAGAAUAAGAUGGCUGACACCGUCUGGAAUGAGGCCAACAGACGGCCACGAUAGUAAGUCAGAUCAUGAACAUUGUGCUAUCGAGUCGUUUCGUAAGUUUCUGGGUGUAUCGUGUAGUAUGGCUGUUAUUGUUGGUAAUGUCUUUGGAUUCGCUGCGUUUAUUGUGGUCAGUGUUUUGUGUCUGGUUUUGAUUAAAUGCAGGUACGAUUCCAAGGUGAGAAAAACUCACAACAGAAUGAAGGAGCUGGGGUUAUUUUCUACAGAUUUUGCCCAGUGUUUAAGUCUAGAUGGUUGGGAAGUGCCGCGUGAAUGUGUCGUGUUGAAUCGGACAUUAGGUGAAGGUGCGUUCGGUACUGUUUUUGGUGGUGAAGCCUAUUUAUCUCAUGAAUGGGUGGCGGUCGCAGUUAAAACAUUAAAAAAAGGUUCCACCAUGGAGGAAAAGUUAAAUUUUUUGAGUGAAGCAGAAGUCAUGAAACGUUUUAAACAUGAUAAUAUCGUGGAAUUAUUGGGCGUAUGUACACGUGGUGAACCUGUUUACUGUAUCAUGGAGUUCAUGCUACAUGGUGAUCUAAAGACAUAUCUAUUAUCCAGAAGAAAUAUUGUUGAUAAUAAAGAAAUCCGUGAAGCUGAAGAUAUCAAUGCCUCAAGUUUAACACAGAUGGCUCGGGAUAUAGCUGCUGGUUUGAAUUACUUACAUGAAUUAAAAUAUGUACACCGAGAUUUAGCGUGUAGAAAUUGUUUAGUACAUGCUGAUAAAACGGUGAAAUUGGCCGAUUUUGGUAUGACUAGAAAGAUGCACGAAUCAGAUUAUUAUAGAUUCAGUAGAAAAGGCAUGUUACCGGUUCGGUGGAUGGCACCCGAAAGUUUGUGGGACGGGCUUUUUACGUCCAAGUCUGAUGUGUGGAGCUAUGGGAUAUUAAUCUAUGAGAUUGUGACGUUUGGAAGUUUUCCGUACCAAGGAAUGUCCAAUAAUCAAGUAUUGGAAUAUGUGAAAUCAGGAAAUAAACUUUCCAUGCCAAAUGGUUGUUCAGAACCAGUGUACAAUUUUAUCAACUGGUGUUUAUCAUUUGAUAUGAAAGUUCGACCGGACAUGCGACAGAUCCUCGAAUUCCUGGAAAAAUAUCCAGACCUCUUAAUGUCGUGCAUCGAUCUUCCAAUGACCAGCGUUGUCAUGGAGGAUACAGACUCGUUAGAAAUGGCGAUACCAUCAGUGCAAAAUACCGUCAACUUACAAACAUCCCCGAUCGCGUACCUCCAGCGACGAUCAGCCGGCUCGCAGGAAAAGUUAACGGCAUCGCGAAAAUCCUCCAGUAUAACUCUGCCAGGAACUAAAACAAUUGCAAAGUCACAGUCCCGAGUUGUGUUAAUGCCAAAUGAACAGACGCGACGAAACAGUAUUAAUGCGCCGCUUGUUUUGCCAAAGGAGUUGUAUGUGAAUUACGACAUGCGCAGAAGUAGUUCUUAUCAGAAACAAUUAAUGACGCUAGCAGCCGGUGACAAAACUGACGCGACAAGUGAUUAUUUUAGCGACAAUUCCAAAGAAAUUUGUCAAACCGUGACGUCACUUUGAAAGAGAUUUCAAGAAGAUAUUUCGAUACAGUAGUAGUUGCUGUGAUACUUUGUGAAAAACUACUUUAAGAUAUAGCUACUGUGAAUUAACAGGAAAAAAUGGCGUAAUUAUUUAUAGAUUGUGAGAUAUGGAGAUUAUUCGAAACUGUGAAAAUGGCCCGACAAACAUUUCUGUAACAAAAGUAAAAAAAAGGGUUGGGGUGCCGAAAUUUAGAUUUGCGUUGAUUCCAUGAUGUAGGAAUAAGGUUUUUGAAUGUGUGAUACAGUGCAAUUCAACAUGGUGCCAGAAGAAAGGGUAAAUGUGACCGGUGCCAGCAAAAUCAGUCAUUUGAUCACUUCACCAAAAUUGAGUUCUAUAUAACUGUAGGCUUUAAAAAAAUUGCAAUAAAAAUUGCCAUUCAGACUUUGAUUGCAAAUUUAUUUGACGUGAAAUAGACGUCUAAUUUCGAUUGUUUUAGGGAGAAUCUUGAUCAUUUAUGAUUCAACAUCCUUUAUUAAAAUCAACUUUUGAGGCAUUUAGAGUUCAAAUAAUUAAAAAUGUUUUAGAAUUCUGAAAGAAAACAUUUCAAACUAUGGAGAAACUUGAGCUCAUUUUGUUAUGGAAAAAAACUUGAGAGUUUAUUUGUUAUGGAAUAAACUGGCUUUAUUUGUUAUGGAAAAACUGGCUUUAUUUGUUAUGGAAAAACUGGCUUUUUUUGAUAUGCAAAACACAGCAGUUUAUUUUACAUGGCGUUUAUUUUGUAUGAAGAAACUUGAGUCCAUUUUGUUAUGGAAAAACUUGUGUUGAUUUGUUAUGGAAAAACUUGUGUUUAUUUAUUAUGGAAAAACAUGUGUUUAUUUGUUAUGGAAAAGCGUGUGUUCUUUUGUUUUGGAAAAAACAGUCUUAUUUUUUAUGAAGAAACAUGUGUUUAUUUUGUAUGGUAAUAAGAGCAGAUUAUUUGUAUGGAAUAACAAUAGUUGGCAUAAUCUAAAGUUACAAAUGGCUGUGAAGUUUUAUUACAAUUUUUGAAUAAAUGGCAUUCAAAGAUUAUAGGUGAUAAUUUAUUGUUUUCAAAUUUUAAUAUAUUAUAUACAAAUUGUGCAUGACCUGUUGGCUGUUUAAGACGUCAAACAUACAUUAUGACAGAUUAGAUAAAGAGCUGGCAGUUCUUCCUAUAAUACUAAAAGCUAAAAACUAGAUAAUGUAAAGGCAAUUUGCCCAAAAUUUCAGCCAGAUUGAUCCACUAUGAACCGAGAAUUAAACGAUUGAAAUUUCGGCCUAGCCUCGAUCAUCAUUACUAAAGUCAGUACGAUAAAAAACAUAGUCUCGAUUAUCCAUUCCAUGAUUAAAUCAUGAAUGAAAGUUGUGCAGCAAAUAGGAUCAUAUCCAGUAAAUAUUGCAGGCUAGUGAUGACAUCGAGACUUGAUUAUGGUCUUGUUUUGUUAAUAAAUGUCUAAUUAAUAAUUUAGAUAACAUUUCAGGCCUAAAGAAACCCCUGCAAUAUGCAGAUUUAGCUCUUGCAUAAUGUAUGUUUAAUAAAUUGUUUUCUUGUUCAUAUUGUUAAUACCUGUUAUAUUUGACUACAUAUAUUAUAUGACAUUUUCUGACAUAUCUUUGUAUAGGUGGGGAUGGUUGGCAGAAUUGUCACAUGCACUUUAGAUCAUAAGGUCUAUCAUUGAGUCAAGGAGUAGGGUCGCCUGUGCAACCUCAUGGAUUUUCUCCGGGUCCUCCGGUUUCCUCCCACUGCUAACACUACAACUAGGUCAUUUCGGGACUAACAUAUGGUUUAAUUUUAUUUCAAUAAUUCGCUUGCGCGUAGGGGUCUUUAGCAGUGUG